UGGUAUCCAUUUCAGAGUAUUCACAGCGGAGAUGGGCAGGCGAUCUCCUACCCAGGUAAACUUCCCUGGGCGUGCAAAGUCAUCGUCCCCUUCGGACCGUGGUGGAAAGACUUCAAACCCGUGUACAUCAACAUCCUCCUCUUCUACGUGCCCGUCAUCAUCACCGCCGUCAUCUACGUACGCAUCGUGAUACAUGUCAAACGAAGCAAUAGUUACCUGAAGAAUAAGCUCGUCAAUGGCGCCCCGGUGCCGAAACGGUUUCGCAACACACAUUGGAAGAUAUGCAAGAGUUUGCUUUGCGUUUUCCUCGGCUUCAUCGUCUGUUUCGCGCCUUUCGCCACCUAUAACAUCGUACAGCAGUAUUUCUCAACAGCAUUGCACCCCGAACUUAAAAACCUCUCACUUCUUUUGCCUUACUUCAACUCAUGCCUAAACCCUGCCAUCUAUUCCUUCACGAACGAUACAUUUUGGAAAGCCGUCAAGCAGAUAAUCUGUAGGUCGACGUCGAAAAGCACGACGAGGGCGUCGUUGCCCUCGAGCGAGAUGAACGGAGGUCAUCCGUCUGGUCUCAAUGCUAUAUCGGGCAAUCAGAUGCGGGAGCGUGGAGAAGGCGGGCGGGCGGUAGGAAUCUCGUUCUCGUAUGAAAGGAACGCGGUUGAAGUGGAAUACAGCCCUGGCUUGGCUCGACAUCAGAUCAAUCUCGUUGACGAUUGCGAACACGGCCACGGGACGGUGUCCGAGAAUACGAGAUCGUCAGAAUAUUGCAUGACAACAUUUGAUUCACAUGGAAAUGCAUGACUUGAUUACCAUGAGCCGUGUAUAUGAAACAAGAACAAAGAAGAAUGAUUGAUUUAAAGGAUGAUAGAACAUUUUGUAACGAGAUAGCUUGCGCGAAAACAGAAACAUCAACAAAACUAAUCAAUAAAAGUUUGAGAAAAAAUGAAUGAAUAAUAAGAAAUUUAUGAGCAUAUGAAUUUU